AUGGCGAUAGCUUUGUUUCUUCAUUUCACACUGCUAACGUUGUUGCUGUCUUGCCUUGGAAACUGCAACGGCCUUCAGCACGUAGAGUCCGCUUAUAAAGACGGCGAUAUCAUGUUAGGAGGACUUUUUGAUCUUCACAAGAGCAAAGGCGACAACGACGGCUGCGGUGAUCUUCUUGCUUCAAACCUGGGAUACACGGAGGCAAUGAUAUUUGCCAUUGAAAGCAUCAACAAAAAUAAAUCGCUCUUGCCGAACGUCACCCUUGGGUACGAUAUCCACGAUUACUGCCUUCGACCUGCAAAAGCUGUGAAAACCGCGUACGAGCUCGUAGUAAAGACUGAUAGUCGCUUUUCUCUUCAAAACUGUUCAGACGCCAAUGAGCACCAUAACGAUAUGCACCAAUUAAAGGAAAUAUUAGGGGUCAUUGGGCCGAUGGAUUCAGCCAGUGCCAUCAUGGUUUCCAGCUUGUUCGACAUCGCACAUAUUCCAUCCAUCAGUCCACUGGCAACAAGUGUGGAGUUAAGUUCCACCUUGUACUCCCACUUUUAUCGUACGGUUGCCUCUGACAGGUGGCGGGCAAGCCUGUUAGCCGAUAUGGCAUACUUCUUUAACUGGACUUACGUGGGUGCAAUUGCCCUUGAUGAUUCUUUUGGCCGCUAUGGAAUAUGGGGAAUUGAAAGGGAAGCUUAUGAGCGAGGUUAUUUUUGCAUAGCCUUGACUCGAUUUGUUCCUCGAGUGGACCAUUGUAAGCAGGUCAAAAGGAUUGUGAACGACCUAAAGAGCAAUGAGAAAGUCAAGGUUAUUUUCAUAUGGCUUUAUGGAGAGUAUGCGCAGGAUUUUUUGGAUGAAGCAGUGAAACAAAAUGUGAAGGACAGAACUUGGAUCUUUGCAGAUGGGGCAACCCCAAGUGAUCCAUAUUUUCAGAAGCUCCAUUUUGCAGAAAUUUUAAACGGGUCAUUUGGUAUUCUCCCCAAAGCUCAGUCCAGCCAACCGUUUAAAAUCUAUUUGACCAAUUUAGAAAAGAGAAACUUUAGUGGAAGCAGCAAUCCAUGGUGGGAUGAAUACUGGGAAUCUAUGAACGUUACACUGGAGACGUCUUUAGAAAGCAGGUCGCAUUUAACAAACAGCCCUUACAUCGCCUACACCAUCGAUGCCGUAUAUACCUUCGCCCAUGUCUUGCAUGAGAUGUACCACUGUCGCGAGCCACAUGGACUGCUCAAAGGUGGUAAAUGUCCCGUAAUUCAAAAUUUAAAAGUAAGAGGAGACGAUCUUCACAUUUAUAUGCAGAAUGUAAGUUUUCAAGGACUGACCGGAACUGUACAGUUUGACAAAUACGGCGAUCCUUUAGAGGCAUGCUACAACAUUUUGAACUUCAAGAGAGAUGGGGAAGGCUCUUCGAAUGUUCUUGCUGGGUGGUGGCUUAAAAAUACGGUCCACGGUCCCCGACUGAAAAUAAAUGUAAAUAACAUAACUUGGAAAAGUGGAAGUGGAUAUGAAGGUAUCCCUCUGUCCGUAUGUUCUACAGAUUGUUCGCCCGGCGAAAGGAAAGUUCCAAAAUCGCCAUGUUGUUGGGAUUGUGUCAAGUGUCCUCCAGGGACUAUAAGUUCCUAUGGUGUUUCUUCUAACUGUUCAGAGUGCCCUGAGAGACAAAAACCAAACUACAACAGGACUAAAUGCAUCGAUCUCCCAUUAAACAACUUACAAUGGGACAGUGCGUCCUCAAUAGCUGUAACCUGCACAGCAGUUUUGGGAGUGGUUUUGACUUUCCUUUUCUUCGUCGUGUUUGCGAAAUAUCGAAAUUCACCGAUCGUGAAGGCUUCAAACAAAGAACUGAGCAUACUAUUGUUAAUUACAGUAGGGCUCUUUUUCGUGCUGGCCUUUCUAUAUCUCUUUACACCUACAAACACCCUGUGCUGCACUUUGAAUGUCUGGCGAUACACCAUAUAUACAUUGUGCGUGUCAAUCCUUUUACUAAAGUCAAGAAAAAUCUUCAAUGCCUUUAGGUUACGUACAUUAGCAAACGUUAUGAACUCAAGGCCUCGGGCAAAAAAGAAGGGAUUCAGCCUUCUUUUCAGAGGAGAAAGACGACAUUUGUUUUUCCUAUUGUCUGUGCAACUAACACUGAUAGCCAGCUGGAUCUCAUUCGAUCCACCCAAACAAACGGAAAUUGUCCGUCAGCCUCAUUACCUGUUUGUUGUGUGCAAACCUUUCAGUUCCGCGACUGGUAAAGCUCUCUUCAUCAUAAUCGCAACCAACCUUCUAAUCCUGUCGACGGCUUGUAUAUAUUACGCUUUCAAAGGGCGAAAAAUUCCAGAGAAUUUCAACGAAGCCAGAUACAUUGGUUUUACAAUGUACAUCGUGCUAUUAUCAUCUGUCGCUUAUUAUCCAGUUGAAUUUAGCUUGGAGGGUUGGUAUGUAGGUGUCAUUGGAGGAAUAACAACACUAGUGAGUUCCUAUGCCCUAUUGGCCUGUAUGUUUGGGCCGAAGAUUUAUGUCAUCUUUUUCACCCCUGAGCAGAACACUCGCGAGGCAGUAAGCAGUGAAAUUGCAAAAUAUUCUUUAUCAGCAUCGUUUGCAGUAGUGCGUAAUGGGCGUGUUGCCCCUCAAUCAAACCCUGGUUCAAGUCCUAAUACAUCCCAAAAACAUUAA